AUCACCUCCUUCACUAAUAAGAUCAGACUCUCUGCGAAAAGCUCUUUGUGUUCCUCGAGCUAGUACACUGAGAGCUGACGCCCAAAUCCCAGUCAGUGGGAUUUACAGCUGCAGAAGGACUCACGCAGCAGGUAACUCCAGGGGGAUGAAUGAUACUCUGCCUUCACUUCACUCCAUUGCACUGCACGUCCCAGAGGAAAAAUGAGAAAUCCAAAGCAGAAGUUACAUUCUAAUUAUGUAAACUCCAUAAUUCAGGUUCUCCAGAUCUAAUAUGAAGACCGCAGUGCAGGAAAUUUCCAUAACCCAAACCCUUAAAAACAGGGCUACUGAAACCUGCCCCCUGGCUGCUUGUCUGUUUCUCUACCCUGAUCAUGACUAAUGACCUUCAGGCACAGUUUGAGGAGAUACUGUAGAUCUCAGGAAUGGGCAGCAGCAGGCGGCUCCACAGCCCUGCGAGGUGAUUUAUGUGUUUGUGUCUUUUUACGGCUGAACAGUCAGCCAGUGCUAGACUGGUUUGCAGGAGACCGCCACCAAAUCUGGCAGCAGGAACUCACAAACCGAUCCCCCAGCAACUUCAAGCAGGUGAACGCUGGAGUAGACGCAGGUCUGACCCGGGGCCUCGGCGUUGUCACUGCACACACAGAGACGUAUCAUCAUGGGAAAACAGAACAGCAAACUCAGGCCCGAGAUGCUAAUGGACCUGAGGGAGAACACGGAGUUCACUGACCAUGAGCUGCAGGAGUGGUACAAGGGGUUCCUGAAAGACUGCCCCAGUGGGCAUUUGAACGUUGAGGAAUUUAAGAAGAUCUAUGCCAACUUCUUCCCAUACGGUGAUGCCUCUAAGUUUGCUGAGCAUGUCUUUCGUACGUUUGACACGAACAACGAUGGGACCAUUGACUUCCGGGAGUUCAUUAUUGCUCUGAGUGUGACAUCGCGGGGAAAACUGGAGCAGAAGCUGAAGUGGGCCUUCAGCAUGUAUGAUCUGGAUGGCAACGGUUACAUCAGCCGUGAGGAAAUGUUAGAGAUUGUGCAGGCCAUUUAUAAGAUGGUGUCUUCGGUGAUGAAAAUGCCUGAGGAUGAAUCCACACCAGAGAAGAGGACAGAUAAGAUAUUCAGACAAAUGGACCUGAACAAUGAUGGCAAGCUGUCUUUGGAAGAGUUCAUAAAAGGUGCCAAAAGUGAUCCCUCCAUUGUGCGGCUACUGCAGUGUGACCCCAGCAGUGCUUCGCAGUUUUGAGUCGCUCCAGACAAGCAGCACUCAAUGCAUGAAAGCUCUUAUAUCUCAUUCUUCUUUGUGUUCCAGACAGAAGAGUUUUAAGAAAAAAGUGCAACAAUUUUACUUUCAGUUUUCCCCAGAAUGGACAUGUGUACAUCUGAAGAACAAAGACAACACCUGCCAGGACAUUCUCUGUCUGGUGCGUGUCAUCCGUCCUUGUCUCUGCAGAAGCUGAUGGAGUACUCGACUCCAAAAAAAAUUGAUUAAAAAAGCGGCUGAUCGUGUUCCAGGGUCCAGAUUUUGGAAAGGAAUUUUCCUUUUUAGGAAUCGUGCAUGCGCUUUUGACCUUCACCACCCCUCUUGUGUUUAAUAUCUGUGCUGUUUUGUUUCUCUUACCCCUUGUUUUGGCACAGUUCCCCAUCUAUUUUUUAUAUUGAUAUUUAUGUGUAUAUACAGUAUAAAUGCAUAUAGAAACAUGUUAGGACUACAAAGGAAGGCAGUUAUAGACGUCUUUUUACUCACAUGCAUCUUACGGCAGUAUUAUGUAGCUUUGGGCAGCAUCCAGAUUUUAGCCUCCAAUUGACCCAGUGGACUGAUGGACUGAAUGUUGGGAUUUUUCUGCUCUGGCGCUCAUGAUCUUUAUUUUACAAAGAGAAGGCUGAGGAUCUCAUUCUUGAAUUCUGUUCAUUUAAUUUUGAUGUUGUUGUAAAUAUGUGGUUUGCUUCCAUUAUUUCGUUAUUGUUAUUUUUUUUGGCAUUUUUAUGGUGUUUAUUUUACCGGUGGUGAUUUUAUUACUGUCGAAACGAGAUGUGAGACACUUGGUGAUUUAUUAUGCCAUUUGGAGUAAGUUGUUAGUCAUUCAAGGCUUUUCAGUGCAUUGUGGGAAAUUUUUGCAUCAGGGGACACAUUACGCUGAAUGGAAGACACUGGUAGCACAUAUCAUUUGAAGCGCUUCAUCUGUGUGUGUGCGGUUAUGCACGUUUGUAUGUACGCAAGAGUGACGGUUUGCAUGUUUUGGUGUAUGUAUGUGUCUGUGCUAACUUUAUAGUCACAUUGUGUAGUUCAAUUCGAUAUCUUUGUAUGCAAGCAAGUUUUUGGACCCUGAUUUGAAGCAGCAAACUCGUGACACCUUGAUGCUGCAUCAUAUGGUACUCAAAAUCACAACCUUAGGUUUCCAUCAACAACAUAGACAGGAAUGUACAAUGUUAUAAUUUAUAAUCAUGUCUCACCUUUAGAUAAAGAGUAUGAAUCCUGAAAGCGAUCACUAAGGGCUUAUUUCCACUUUUGAAUCAACAGGUGUAAAGAGAACGCCACUGCUUUGGUUUUUAUUUUCGUUUUAUGCAGCGACUGACAUUCCAUGACCUGAAUUCUCCAGGUGCUCCUGCUUUUGUAACAUACAGUUUUAGUUUGUGAACUCCAUACAUGCCCACUCUCAAUACAUGUGUAGCUGUCUCACUUUGCUGGCAUCUAUGUUGCUUCCAUAUUUGUACCGAGACCAUAUUUGAUGCUGCUCCCUCUAUGGCAACUUUCCUCUAUUAUGUUGCAUGAAAACCUCAUGCGAGGACAUAAUGAUUGUCCCCUUUUACUGACGUUGAAAAAUAUACUUAUGUGUUUAGAAUGCCGACUGAGAGUGAUUCUUACACAACACUGACAUACUGUACACUCAAUGUUGUGUCAGUUACUUAUUGAUAAACAUGGCCAUGUGAUCAC